UGCACUCUUCUAAAGCUCAUCUGAAAAACUCCCCAUUUUCCCUUAAUCUUCUGGAGAGGUCCUAGCAAUGAUGACGUUCGUAUACCUUCUGAUUGCUACACACAUUCUGUUUGUAGCCGCUUGCCCUACUCUGUGUACGUGCCGGUUGAAAGAUGCAGUCUUUUGCCAAGGACCAUCUAUCAAAGACAUUGGCUCAUUACUUCUUCCUUCUAACUUCACAUACAUCCAUAUAAUAAACACCCUGGCAACGGAGAUAACAGAUAAAAGCUUUGGUAACAUGCCUAUUACUUUGCGUCUUCGCUUGGAGGAUAGUCGGUUAACUUUCAUAACCAGGGACGCAUUUAAAAGUUUGCCUCAAUUGAAAAGCCUGAAACUUACAAACAACAAGUUAGAGACUUUGCCCGCUGGUGUGUUUGAUUCAUUAUUUUACCUGGAGCAGUUGUUUAUUGGUGUAAACCAUUUAUCUAGCCUUCAUCCAAAUCUGUUUUGCUGUUUGCAGCAUCUAAAAGAACUUAUCCUAAAUAGGAAUCAGCUAACCAGUUUGCCAAAUGAGUUAUUACGGAAUCUCACAGAGCUCAUAAUUUUAAAUCUGUCCAGGAAUAAAAUAUCACAUUUGCCGGUGAGCAUUUUCAGCUCCUUGACUAAACUUAAAAAACUGCAUCUUUAUGAAAAUCAGUUGUUAACGAUCACGUCAUCGGCAUUUAAUAACCUCGGCGACCUGUUAGAGCUUGCUCUUUACUCAAACUCUAUCCAAUCCAUUGCCCCGGAUGCAUUUCAUCACCUUCCUAAACUACGGUUAUUAAAUCUCUCCAAAAAUAAACUGCAUUUUUUGCCUUAUGGGCUCUUCCUGCAUUUGCCACAGUUGUCUGUCUUGACACUCUAUGAUAAUCCUUUAAAAGAACUCCCUGACGUGAUCUUCGGUAAAAUGGAAAAUCUUACUUCUUUGUGGCUGUAUGAUACCCACCUUGCAACCAUUCCAAAUUUUGUUUUCUGCAAUCUGACUAAUUUGCAGCUAUUGGUGCUGACUAGAAACCCCCAACUCGAGAGUCUCCCAGCAGAUGCAUUCAGUGGAUUGAGUAAUCUGUUGGAACUCUCGUUGCAUUCAAAUAACCUAUCGUCCAUUGACCAAGACCUCUUCCAAAAUCUACAACAACUUGAAAAACUUAGUCUUUAUAGCAACAACCUGAAAGUUCUUUCAGAGAAUAUGUUUUACAAUCUUUCUAAUCUUCAGAUUCUUGCCUUAAAUAACAGCAAUCUGCACACCCUCCCAGGGCAAAUAUUCCAAGAGUUACCCAGUCUGCAAAUGGUCUAUCUCCACAGUAAUCCCUGGGUUUGUUACUGUGAUUUUACAGAUUUUAAGACGUGGCUUCAGCAGAACCAAAAUAAAGUAUAUAAUCCAAUGUCACUGGUUUGUGAUACUCCAUUAACAUUGAGCAAUAUAUCUGUCUUGGGUACUGGUGACUUUAUGUGCCAGUAUACAACAACAACAGAGAAUAAGAUGGAUUUCUAUACAACUACAACCUCACAGACCCCCAUCAACACCCAAAGCACUAACACCUAUCAUGAUACGACAUUUACUAAUGUUAAAAGGCAAUUUAUUCUCUACAACACAUCCCCAGCAACAACCACAUUGGAGACCACAACCAGGAAAAUGACAGACUUCUCUGAGACAAAUCCCACCACUGCUAUGCAAGACCUCAAUGCGGGUGUACUCAAACACACACCCUAUAUGUCCACUGUCCCUUAUGACAAAAUCUAUUUUUUUCUGUAUCUUUUUAACACUGUGCUCAAAAUGUUUGUUAUAUUUUUGUGUUGUGUUUUGUUGGUCUUAAUGAGGAGGCUCAAUGAUUACUUUGUGGGUUUGACAGAACCUGUGGUUUUAUUACGCAUACUGAUACCAUUGGAUCCAGUGCCCCAAGGUCUAAGGUGGCCAUUUGCUGAAAGAUCUGCUCGUUUGGCAAGGUUGAGGACGCACACUAAUUAAUAAACCAUUUGUAUCUGUUACUAUAAGAAAAAAAUAUGUGUGUGAAAAAUAAUGCAGUACAGGUAUGGGAUCAGUUAUCCAAAAAGCUCCAAAUUACAGAAUGGCCGCCUCCCAUAGACGCUCCCAUCCCCAAAUAAUCCAACAUUUUUAAAAAUGAUUUCCUUUUUCUCUGUAAUAAUAAAACCGUACCUUGCAAGUGA